GGUAUAUUCAAGUCGAGCAAUCUUAACUUCCACGUCGCAAUCGCAGUACGGCUCUAGAAUACCUCCGGGCUUUUUUUUCCGGUGUUGUGCACACAUCCGUGUCCGCGUAGCUCUACCAGCUAGCAUACAGCGACAGUUUAUGUAAACUUGCAUUGAUGUCAGCAUUAACAGGAAUCUUUUUCAGGUUGAUAGAUCGCUCCAGACCGGCUGUUCAACCAUGAACGUGUUAAGAUUCCGUCCCCGGAACACUGCAAUAGCCGCUGGUAUUUUCCUGACUCUCGCUAUCUGUGGCCUCGUUUACCUGGGAGGGAGUGCCCCAAGCCUUUCCCCUGGGGUCCGAGACACCCUGGGUAAGGGUUCGCGUCAUUUCUCAGCACAGAACAAACUCUCCCACUCACGGUUAUUACACGAGUGGGGGACAAUUCCAAUUGUCGUGGUCGAGGAACACCAUGAAGUUAUCCCUCACUGGUACUCCGCAGUGAAAGACGGUAUCGUGAACCCUAAAGGCAAUCUGUUGAUUCAUAUCGACGGUCACAGUGACUCAGCACCACCGAUUUUCUUCGACGGUUAUCCAAAGGAUUUCUAUCCAAGGACAAAGGACCACCUGACGGUAAUGAUGCAAAGGAACGACGCUUUCAUCGUGGAAGCCGUCUUGAGUGGACUCAUUUCUCGGUACGUUUGGAUCUGGCCGAAAUGGGACAGCAAAAACCACGAAGAGCCAUACGAGGCGUCCGCCAUGUUGUUAGGCGUGGUGGACACGUUGUAUAAGAACCUGGACAAUACUCGUGUCAAGUCCUGCUGUAUGUGUGAACCAGAUGAAGAAAUGAACCCAAAGUCCUGUGUCUUCCUCAACAUCACCUCCGAGGCCCCAGAAGACUCCAGUAAGGUCGACCCAAAAGACUGUGACAUCCAGGCCGUUAUGGUACAGGAGAUCAUCCGCGAAGAUGUGGCUCUGGAAAUGGCGCAGAAUGGUUCCCUGUUCCACAACAUGACGGACAGCGAACGUGAAAAUGUCAUCUUGGACAUAGACGAAGAUUACUAUGGAUGUGAAGCCGCGGUACAACCUGUACUAGACCAGAAGCUCACCAUGGUAACCAUCGAUAAAAUCGACCGUUUCGUGGACCAAAUAUUCUGCCCGGAAACCACCGAGGAAGAGUCGUCCGUGGACAAAGUACUAGCCGAAAUGAUAUCCGCCCUGAUUCGGGUUAAAUCUUGCGAGCUGGAGAAAAAACCGUCUUGUCCAAAGGGCAAUCUGGAAUUUUACACGACAAAAGUCAGAAGAAAUACGGCUUUGGUAGAAUCUACGUGUGUCCGACAGCGAAACAAGCGAUUUCGUUUAUGGGGUCCCUUUUUCAAACUCGUAGAUAGUUUAACCGUUAACCAGUUGCGUCAGCUCAGAGAAAUGGGGUUUUGUUUUAGAACUACUCCGAAAGCUCAUGACUUUGGGUCAGAGGACGAAGGCGUGUUUCUCACCUGUCACGGCGCCAAUACACCUAAUCGAAGCGUUGUCAUUUUCCAUUCUCCCACCAUGAAAGAAGUUGAGCAGAGAACGCAUUUAUUGCAAACAUUUUUACAGUCUACAAAAAAGAGGAUUCUGCCGUCCCUUGUCACGGUAUGUAGGUCAAUGCGAGACGGAUAUACACCGAGGAAGUUUUUUCGCCGAAUAGAAAAAGACGUGUUGACAAGUGUAGAUGAGGCCUUCCCUAACAGCAAGGUGCAUUAUGACCGUGAUCUGAUGGGGGGUAAGCGAGGUUGGCCUGGCCGACAUAACGUCUAACCCCUCCACCAACAUGAUACUCAGCAGGGACUAUAUACCUGAAAUACAGCCAUCGGGACUUACGAGAAACAACCAGUUUUAUGCAAAAUGAACUGAUAUAUUUGUAUAUGUGCGUUCAGGCUAUAUAUAUGGUGUGGUGCAUGCGUGUAUAUAGCUGUCCAUUUACCGUCCAGCGCAGGGUGGUUUACAUAAAGCUAUUUUUGAAUUUAAUUUGAAAAUGCAUAAUUUAAACCUAUAAAAUUUUUGUUACAUGACCACAAUUCAUAUUCGGAUAUUAAACUAUAUACUACUCUUGUGUAAACGUACCCACGCCACUGUGCAUUUCUUUAGGCUUAACUGCUGACACUGGAUCUCAGUACUGACAAAAAAAAUCUCCAGAUUUUAAUUCCAUUGGUGUGUACGUGAAAUAUCAAGUGUACAUGGAAAUUGUGUAUAUGUGCUAUGUGGAAAUAUGAGGAUUUUGAAAGGAGAGGCAUCAAAAUGUGAAUAGUUUAUAUUUAUAUAUAAUUUUUACAUUUAUAAGUAUUUUUAUACGAACAUUUACUAGUGUGAGGACAAUACGUUUCACAGUGACGCUAGUUUGAUAAGCCAGUGUAGUUAGGAGUGCAAAGAAAAUAGCAGACUGUGCGUGUGUCCACCAAUGCGUGUAAAUCUAUUACAUUUUUUUUUUUUUGCAAUUCACUUCAGGCCGCAAGACGUCAUGAUUUAUGAGAAAAGUUAUCAAUUACGGAUAAUUAUGCAUGUAUUUCAAUAAUUUUGUAUACAGUGUCUAUCGGAGCCAGGUUUUUCAAUAGGGUGUUAGUUGGUGUGAACUCUAGUAUAGCAUGUACUUUGUUUAUUAGGAUGAUACAGCGGAUACAAGAUUUAUGUCUGGCUUACUUUAUUACCCUUUUGAAGAAACUGUAUGCAUGGUCCCAAAUUUAUGAAGGCAAAAAUUAAAACAAAACUACAUUUAAAUGUCUUACUCUAGGAAGUUUUAAAUUUGUACACUAAUUCUUUAAUGCAUGCACAACAAUACACCAACCACAAUUAAUCUUUUCUCUUCUGAGUUUGGCUUUAUAUUUAUAUAUGACUUAACUCUUAAGUUGCUUAAUAAAUGCCAUCCCAUGCAGCUUUGCAGUGCAAACCACAUGACUUCUCUUUUCAAUCCCCUAUAAAAAAAAUACAUCCCAAUAACAUUGUGUUAAAAUAAAAUUAUACAUCGGUCAUUUAUAUAUAUCGAUAUGUUACAAUGUUUAUUGGCUGUGGUAAAACAAUGAGUUUAUCUGUUUUAAUCUUGUGAUUCCAGUCGUCAUGUUUUGUCACACAAUCUUUACAGUGUUUUUCCUCUUUAAUUUCCUGAUAAAUUCGAAUGUUAUUUGUGUACGGAGCCAUUAAAUGAAGUAGAAUAAAGUGUAUAUUUUGGUGUCA